UUUGUGGACAGUUGUGCGCAAUACACCGGUUAGUUAACAGUCCCAGUAAAAUAAUACAAUAAAUCAAUUAAAGCAAAUUAAUUUAUUCCCCAAUUCUGUUCGACAACUUAGUAAUUAAACAAAAUUAAUUCACCAAAGCAAAAAAGACGCAAAACAAUGGCUGGAGUAACUGGUAAAAGAGAAAAAAUUGGUAUAGUGGGAAGUGGUCUUAUUGGACGUUCCUGGUCGAUGUUAUUUGCCUCAGUGGGCUAUCAAGUAACAUUGUUUGAUAUUCUACCCGCUCAAGUUGAAACAGCUUUAAAAGAAACUGAAAAGGAAUUAAAGAGCCUAGAAUCAAAGGGUCUGUUGCGUGGUAAAUUGAAUGCAGCCCAACAGUAUGCCUGCUUAUCGGGAACAACCGAUUUAAAAGAAUUGGUUAAGGGCGCCAUUUUCAUUCAGGAGUGUAUACCAGAACGUUUGGAUAUGAAACAAAAUCUAUAUAAACAACUGGAUCAGGUGGUGGAGAGCCAUACAAUUAUGUCUAGUUCGACAAGUACAUUUUUGCCCUCGUUGUUUAGUAAAAAUUUGAAACAUCAAGCUAAUGUCCUCGUAUCACAUCCUGUAAAUCCUCCCUACUAUGUGCCCUUGGUUGAGGUAGUACCAGCUCCCUGGACCAAACCAGAAGUGGUUACCAAAACCCGUGCUUUAAUGGAAGAAAUCGGCCAGAAGCCCGUUACAUUGAGCCGUGAAAUCGAAGGUUUUGCUCUAAAUCGCAUACAAUAUGCCAUACUUAAUGAAUGUUGGCAUUUAGUUAAUGAUGGCAUACUGGAUGUCAAAGAUGUUGACAGUGUCAUGUCGGAUGGUUUGGGUAUGCGUUAUGCCUUCCUGGGACCUCUGGAAACCGCUCAUCUGAAUGCCGAAGGCAUGACCAAUUAUUUUGAACGUUAUACAAACACCAUUUAUGCGGUCAGUAAAACCUUUAGUCCCACACCCAAGAUGGAAGGUCCCACCGCGGUGGCUGUUGCUAAACAGUUGGAACAAAUGGUACCAUUGGAUAAAUUGCCCGAACGUAGAAACUAUCGUGACAAUUGCUUGACCCAAUUGAGCAUAUUGAAACAGCAGUUGAAUAAGAAAAACUGAGUUGCUUGGUUGUAUGUUUUCUUAACAUUUUAUUGAAACUUUAAAUCAUGCCUUUGUUUUUAUUAUAAUUAAUUAAAUAUUAAACAAUAAUAACAAUUAUGUUUUCUUUUUUUCACGUUAGUUUUUUUGUUUGUAUAUAUGUAUGUAUAAUGAAUUUGCAUUUAAAAGUGCUUUAAUACUUAAUAGUUUUUGAAUAAAAUUUUGGUUUUUUAAA